ACGACAAUCUAAGCAACCGCUUAGUUGCUAGACAACAUCAAAAUUCCCCGAAACAAGGGGGCUCGCAACAGCUUUAUCGAUACUCCUGGCAAACCCAGGUGACCCUGGGAGUUAGGUCCCGACCCCCGAGCGGAGUAGUCAAUCAAGUCCUUGCCAGAAUGUCCGUUCACCGAAUCAAUCCCCGGCAGGCCUCCUUGGCUGCCCGCCAGAGGCAAUCGCGGGCAACUCGGAUGACCAGGCACACCAUCUUCAAUUUGAAGAGACCUAUCACUUUCCAGGUGCGCAAGUCCUUGGUGGAGUACGUGGACAUGGAGCUGGCGGACAUGGACACCUCGGUGUUCUAUCAGCGCAUUUUCAUCCUGGCCAAGAACUGCCACCUGACGCCCGUGGAAUCCGAGGAGGAGGUGCCCGCCGAGGUUCAGGUUCCGGUGGAGCAGGCGGAGCCCGAACCAGUUGAGGGGGAUGCCUUACACAUCGCAGAGGAAGCAGUCGUGAACAACGAGGAGGAUGACUCGCCCACUACUACGGCGACGGAUGCAACGCGCAACCCUGCGCCGGAGGAAGCUGCUCAGGAGGCAGCGGCACACGACCACGAAGUGAUCACCCACACGUUCCGUUUCAGCGAGGACGAUCACGGGGAGGAUGAGUCACUCGAGGAGGAGGAGCUGGAACCAGACUCCCAGGAGCCUGGCCAGCCCAAGGACUUCUAUGCCAUCUUCAGCGAGCAGCUGCAGGAGCUGCACAAGCAGUGCAAGGCGGUGGCCAUCACCCCGGAUCCCAUAUGCGGAUUGUACCUCCACAUGGGCGAGUACAGCAUGCUCAUGCUGGAGGCCUCCGAGGACAUGAUAGGGUGCUUCACGAGGGGUCUGGCCAGCUGCUCCGAGACCUUCUGGCAGACGAACCGCGUCUUCCACAUCGAGGAUCACAUCCAGGAGCUGUACACCAAGGAUCUCAUCUUCCGCCGGAUUCCCUCGGUCUUUCUGAACGAUAAGUUUCCCACCUCCACGCCCACGGAUGAGUAUCUCAUGGGAAAGCAGCACCUGAUCAUCAAGGACAAGUUGCUGACCAUCUGCCGAAUGAUCUCCGAGGGCCAGCAAGUAGAGCCGGAUGUGGUGUCCUUCCGGGAGAGCGAUUUCGAGGAAGAUCUGCAGAGGUCCAAGUCCAAGGGCUCCAUCCUAAGCGAGCAUUUGCCAGUGGACUUGUACCGCAAGCACCUACCUGAGAUCCAGCGCAUCGAGCUUGUCUUGGCCUCCACGCGAUUCUACUACGAGUUGGAUGAGUUCGUCAAGAUCUACGGCCAGGUGCCCUUCGCCCCCGACGAGGAUGGACUCUUCUGGCCCAUCCAGAACAACUACACCCCGCCGCACAUCUUCCGGCGCACUCCCUACGACAUCAAUCUCACUUUCGGGGACUAUGCGGCAGUGGCUACCAAGAGGAAAACCCACGAGAGCCUGGUCGGCAGUUUCGAAGCCGAGGAGGAGCCUCCGGCCAAGACAAAUGCUGAGGAGACUCCUCCGAAAACUGAAUGAGCCCUGCUGAGAUUUUGUUUCAUAUUGGUUGUAGAGUUCUUUCCUUUAAGCAUUAAAAUUAACUGACAUAAAUCAUGUUAGGAUCUAAACAAUU